AUGGCUCCUUUCGGCAGGUUCUACACUUACCCUGACAACUACCGCGUCCAGCGGGCCCAAGCCAUCGCCGCCAUCAACGGCCUGACCUUGGAAAUCGCCCCCGAUUUCCAAAUGGACGUGACCAACCGCACCCCCGAAUUCCUCGCCAAGUUCCCCCUCGGCAAGGUGCCCGCCUUCGAGACGGGCGACGGCAGCUUCCACCUGACGGAGGGGCAGGCCAUCGCGCGGUUCGUGGCCGAGAGCGGGCCCAAGGCGGGCCAGCUGCUGGGCGAGGACGUCAAGACGCGCGCGCUGAUCGAGCAGUGGUCGUGCUUCGCCGAGCAGGAGCUCGCCGCCAACGCCGUUCCGCCCGUGCUCAUGCUCGUUGCUAAGCUCGAGCAGUACCCCUAUGACGAGAAGCGCUGCAACCAGCUCCUGGCUGCGCUUGAGCGUGCCCUGGGCCGGGUGGAGGCGGAGCUGAAGGACGGGAGGCAGUUUUUGGUGGGUGGCCAGCUGACGUUGGCGGAUAUCAUGGUGGUGGGUGUGUUGCAGGUGGCGGGUAGGUUCUUGAUGGAUAGGGAGAUGCGGAAGGACGUGCCGGGUGUGGAGGCGUAUGUGAAGCGGGUGAUGGAGGUGCCUGAGAUGAAGGGGGCUUUUGGCGAUCUGCAGCUGUGCGAGACGCGGGUUAGGGCGCAGUAG